AAAUGGCUAAAACCAGGGUCAAAGGCAUGCGAAAAAUUGUCCGAUCUUCUAGAAAAACGUCACUUUCUAAAGGACAUACAAAAGCUUAGUCCACAUCGGCAGACAUCGGGUGUAGAGGCAUUCCAUGGGACUAUAAUUCACUUUGCUCCCAAAAUGCUGGUGUAUUCCUACAAUGGCAUGUUUACCAGGGUGAUAAUAGCAGCGUUGCAUUAUAAUGAAAAUGCAGGCAGAAUUGCUUUAAAAGAUGGAAAAGGAAAUGACAGAUACUCCGUAGUUUAUCCAAGAGCUAAAAGUGGUGGAUAUACAUUGCAAAAAGUGUUGACUGAGGCUACUUAUGAUUAUGUUGAUGAACUAAUAGCAGAGGCAAUCCAGUUGUGUAGCAGUGGGAAGAAAAACCUACAACUCUCCAUUCCACAACUCAGUUCUCCACCACCACCUGUUUGUUCAGCCUUUAGCAGACCAGAGAAAGAUGUAGCAAUAGCUAAACAUCUGUCAAGAUUUACCAGUCUCACAUAAACAAGACACUCAAACCAAAAGGCUCUUUUCAGAGCCAUUAUUUAACAAAAGAGAAGCAAUUAUAUAGUCUGUGUUUGUUUUGGUUUUUUUUUUCAUUUAAUUUAUUCACACACAUACACAUACAUAUUACUGUACAAAGAAAAUACUUAAUAGUAAAAAGAAAUAAGAAUAAUAAUAUGUUACAGAAUAAGUGUGUGGAAAGAGGCCAAAAUAUGUUUAGAAUCAAAUUUUAAGCCAUGAAUACCAGAUAAAAUAAUAUUAUAUUAUUAAAUAAAAUUUAAUAAUAAAUAAAUAAUAAAAGUUGAAUUAGGGCAGUGUGCCAAUUAUUCAUUAAUUUUACCAAAAUGUCAAGUUUACAAACAAGCACAUAGCAUACCCACUACAGUAAUUAUAAUGAACUACAGGAGUUUUGUUCUGUUAGGCUGAUGGGAAAGAUUACCGAUAAGAAGCAAA